AGUUUGAAAGCGAUGCAGGACCUCUUGAUAUUGCUGAUUCGUCUGUUUCUUUAGGAACUACACAUGAAGAGCUAGACUCAAAUUUUUUUCGCAACAUAUUAUUGGCUGCUGCAGUACUUGGAACACUUUUCUUCCUUUUCUACUGCAAAAGAUCAUCUCUUUUAAAGUCUAGUUCACGAAGAAGAAAACUAAAAAAAAAAACGAAGGCUAAUUAUUGCGAAGAGUAUGAAAAGGAGUUAGCAACGUGUGAUUCAGGAAAUAUAGAUUUAUAUUCUGAAGGCCAUCAAUAUUAUUUGAAUUACCAUCCCGAUCAAUCAUAUUUGAAUUACCGCCCCGAUGAAUCAUAUUUGAACUACGAUUCAGAUCAGUCAUAUUUGAAUUACCACCCGGAUCAAUCAUAUUUGAAUUACCAUCCCGAUCAAGACUAUAACUACU